UCGCCUCUUUGCUCUUUUUCAAUGUCUUAAAGCAUAGAGCAACACAACGGCGAUUGUAAAAAAAAAGGGAAUGGAGAUGGAGGUAGAUGCUUCAGAUAUGGAAGUAGAACAACCGGUUCAGAAUAGUCGGAGCUCAACCAAGACAUUCGGUCUAAAAAAUUCGAUUCAAACCAAUUUCGGCGACGACUACGUUUUCCAAAUCGUCCCCAGGGAUGAUUGGACUUCCAUGGCGGUAUCAUUGUCGACUAAUGCAGUGAAACUUUACUCUCCGAUGACUGGUCAAUAUCUUGGAGAGUGUAAAGGACAUUCCUCGACUAUUAAUCAUAUCUAUUUUUCUGGUGCUUCCAAUCAAAAUGUUUUGCACUCUUGCUCCUCUGAUGGAACUAUCAGAGCCUGGGAUACCAGAACUUUUGAACAGGUUUCGUGUAUAGCUGGCUCUUCUCAAGAGGUCUUUAGCUUCUCAUUUGGAGGUUCAGAUGAUAAUCUUUUGGCUGCAGGAUGUCAAUCCCAGAUACUUUUCUGGGAUUGGAGGAACAAGAAGCAAGUCGCAUGCUUGGAGGAAUCUCACGUGGACGAUGUUACUCAGGUACACUUUGUCCCUGGCCGUCAAAACAAGCUAGCUUCUGCUUCCGCCGAUGGAUUGAUAUGCAUAUUUGAUACCAACGGAGAUAUCAAUGAUGAUGAUCAUCUAGAAUCUGUUAUCAAUGUUGGAACUUCAAUUGCGAAAAUAGGGUUUUUGGGGGACUCUUCUGAGAAGCUCUGGUGUUUGACAAACAUCGAGACCUUAAGUGUAUGGAAUUGGAACGAAGGAACCAAUGAAGCAAACUUUGAGGAUGCUCGUUCAUUGGCAUCAGAGAGUUGGACAUUGGAUCAUGUUGAUUAUUUUGUUGAUUGUCACAGUUCUGGAGGAGAGAAUUUAUGGGUGAUUGGGGGGACUAAUGGUGGCUCUUUAGGUUAUUUCCCGGUAAAGUAUAAAGGAGAAGCAGUGAUAGGACCCCCAGAAGCAGUUCUCGGGGGUGGUCAUAUGGGUGUUGUUAGGAGCAUAUUGCCUAUGUCAAACAUGCAAAGUGGACCUGCUCAAAAUCGAGGCAUUUUUGGAUGGACGGGCGGCGAGGAUGGUCGCUUGUGCUGUUGGAUGGGCGAUGAUGAUUCACCGGAGAUCACUCGGUCUUGGAUAUCAGGUGGUUUGGUCAAGAAGUCACCACGAAUUCGCAAAAACUGUAGGCACCAGCCGUACUAAGCAUAUCAAUUCCUUUCCUUCUCAUGCUGCGUGUCUAAUAGCGUUCUUGUAACUUCACUUUUCCCACAAGUGUUCCGAGUUCAGCAAAUGUUGUUAAUUUUUAUGUGCUGUAAUGUGAGAAAGUACUUGAAAAUGAAAGCAUUCUACCAUUAAUAUCAAUAUUUCAUUAUUUUGU